AAGAGGCGGGCGCUUUUCCCGGAAGUGCUGGGAAACCCCUCCAAUCAGAGGCUCCGUGCGGGAAGUUUGAAUUUUGCUCGGGCUCGGGUGGUAGGCAUUCCCGCGUCGGAGGCAAAGGAAGCCGUCCAGACCCGCAGGACUUUCUUAUUUUUACUUUGGCUGAGCUUUCUCGCGAGAGGUGCUUCAGGAUGUCUUCAUAUUUUGCGAGCCGUCACAGAAAGGAUUUAAGUACUGAGAUGAUCAGAACUAAAAUUGCUCACAGGAAAUCACUGUCUCAAAAAGAAAACCGAUAUAAAGAAUAUGAACGAAACAGACACUUCGGUUUGAAAGAUGUCAACAUUCCAACCUUGCAAAGUAAAACUUUUGUUGAAUUAGAUGAGACAUCUCAGGAACUUGCUCCAGAGAAGGCCAAUAUCAAGCCAAAGUCUAUGAAAACUAUUCUAAGUGAUCAACGCAAACAAAUGCUCCAGAAAUACAAAGAGGAAAAGCAGCUUCAGAAGCUGAAAGAGCAGAGAGAGAAAGCUAAGCGAGGAGUGUUUAAAGUGGGCCUUUACAGGCCUGACAUCCCUUCCUUCUUUUCAACAACGCAGACUGUUAGGAAAGCUGAGCCAAAAAAGGCCACUUCAUCUUCUGUACGAAUUACAAGAUCAAAGGCCAAGGACCAAGUGAAGCCAACUAAGAUUCCUACUAGGAGUGACGUUCAAGCAGCCCAACCUGACGAAAGACAGGCCACUAGCAGGAGAGCGCCGGACAGAGAAAACAGAGUUGUACCCCCCGUGUCGCCCCCACCCAUCAGGGUGACCCGAUCGGCAACUCAGGCCACACAGCAGGUCCCCAGGACCAUCCCCUCCGCCCCAGUCAGAAAGCCAACCUCAAGAGCUGCUCGUGAUACUGAACCAGAAAGAAAGGCACUAAAUAAAGGAAGACCUGCCACAAAGACAGAAACGAAAGCUGACAAGGUGAUUUCUUCUAAAGUCCAGAUCGAAGAAAAGACUUCACAAACCAGCGCAACAAGUGAAACAGAUCCAAAUGGAGUCCCAUCAAAAGUGGAACAGUUACCUAAGACACAUCCCGCAAAAACAAGAGGCAAGAAUUCCUUCGCACCUACCGACUUCGUGUUCCAGCCCCUGGACGGCGUGAAGUCCUAUCAAGUGAUGCCCAUGACACCCCGGAGCGCCGAGGCCUUUCUGACGCCCUGCUACACCUGGGAGCUCCUGAAGCCACAGGGUGAUAAGAUGCAAGAAACAAGAAAAGAAAUCUUGGGCCCAAAAUGUAAAACUUAUUCUACCAAGGCACUCCAGCAAGAUUCAAGUAAUUUACCAUGUCCUCUGGAUUCUGAAACAGUUUUCAAAGAAGAACAUGUCUUCAACCAGAAUGAAGUUGCUUCUACAGAUUCUGGUGUCCUGUCUGUAAAGGAAGCCCUGCCUCCCGCACCCGAGCCCUGUGAGGGCCCGAUCCCUCAGCCACAGCAUGAUGUGCUGUACUUCAGAAAUGUCCUCCGGUCAGAAGCUGAGAAGUUGACUCUGCACUGCCUGGCCUGGGACAGGAAGCUUGAGCUGGACAUCCCCGACGAUGCUAAAGACCUCAUCCGCACGGCCGUUGGCCAGACGAGACUCCUCAUGAAGGAAAGGUUCAAGCAGUUUGAAGGGCUGGUGGACGACUGCGAGUAUAAGCGCGGGGAGAAGAAGACCACCUGCACAGACCUGGAUGGGUUUUGGGAUAUGGUGAGCUUCCAGAUAGAAGAUGUAAAUAAAAAAUUCAUCAAUCUGAUGAAACUUGAAGAAUCUGAAUGGCAAAACAAUAAUGCAAACAAAAAAGUUUUACGGAAGAAACCUGCCCGCGGCGCAGCCAGCAAGCCGAGAGAGGACGACAGGGGGCGCGCCGCUGCCCGGAGUCGGCUGGCCGCGAUCAAGAGCGCCAUGCGAGAGCGGCUGCGGUGGGAGGAGCAGGCCGGGGCCGGGGCUGGGCCUGGGGCUGGGGCUGAGGCUGAGGCUGAGGCUGCCGCACCGCCCCGGCCCGCGGACACGAUCGUGUUCGAUGCCGGGUUCUUCCGAGUGGAGAGCCCCGCUAAGUCCUUCUCAGGAGGUCAGCGUCCUCACCGAGCGCCGUCCUGUGAACGUCUGUCGCAAAGGCUCAGAACGCCCAAGUCUGUUACCAGUGCUGUGCCCGAGCACAGGGUGGACCUGGCCCUUCACAGACAGACAACAUUGCCAGAGAACCCUGGCCCCUGGAGCGCCCAACGUGGACAUGGUGAUAAGAAGACUCUGCUUUCAAAUAUUCCUGAGAGCAGGAACAUCGAGGCAGAAGGCGCUCAGUGUUCCGGAUCACAGGAUUUCACCGACAUGAACCCCGAUAUAAAUAAGACAAACUUCGAGAUGAGUUGUUUACCCGGUGAAACAAUGAGUUCGCAUCUUGCUGGAGGAGUAGCUGAUGAUGCCACAACUAACAAGGAGGAAACUUCGGGUGUCGUGGAACUGAAUUCUUCAUUUACCACACAGGAUGUUCUGAUGAGUAGUCCUGAAAAAAAUUCACCGUCACAGAAUAACAUCUUACAAGAAGCAGCAGCUAAAACUUCUCAGCCAGUGCUGUUUGAUACCAAAGGGCUCACUACUGAAUACCACCUUCUUGAUUCACCAGGCCUGGCCGGCAGCGACCCCUUCGCCUCAGCGGAGUGGGGGCGUCCGCGGGGGACCCGACUCAUCUCCUUCGGCGGGAACCUUAUCGCCUUCUCCCCGCUGAGGCCCUCCGAGGCAGAGCGGCCAGAAGACUUAUGAAUUUAAAAAUAAAUGCAAACGCUCGUCCCGCGAUGGGCUGUGUGGGAAAUGUGGACAAUGCGUGGUUGCGUUCGCCCGCGCCGAGCGUUUCAGACGUGAUGCUUCUCGCGAGGUGGGGGUGUUUUGUACAUUAGCACACAAUAAAAAGCAUUCUUUGUCUUGCCCCUUAUUUACAGUGUGUAGGAUUGGAGCUAAGUAUUCGCAGGGCUUAUA